AUGGAGGGUGACAGAACGGAUGUUUUGUCGUUUGAAUGUUAUUCGUUUGAACCGGACACUGAAACGUACUUUCAUCAUCAGUUGCAUCACAUACAACCAAUGAAACUACUUUAUCACCUCAACGAUCAUACGAUAUCUCUCAUUGAACCACAUGUUCCAAAUAAUAGCAUUUUGCAGGAUCGCACUUUUACUCAUCAGAGAGUACCGAAAUUAGAUCGAAAUUAUGAUCAAAACUAUUUGCAUUGGUCAGAUUUAAAUGUCGCAAAGGAUAUCCAUCUGUUUUCAAAAACAUACAGAAUUACUGCCUGCGAUCAUCACACCAGGGAUUUUCUAACAAAAAAGGGGAUUGUAGUUAAUGAAGAAGAGGAAAUCCCGAUGGACCCAUGGAUUCAGAGCGAAGAGCAACAAAAAUUUUCACUUGAAAACAAAGAAAGCCGAGAGGAAAAAUUCGAAUGGAAUCAAGAGAAGGUGGACUAUUCGGAUGCGCCAGCGAAGUUGCACUUGUUAGCUUGUUGGUUAGAUGAUACUUCCGUCCGGACAUUUCAUAUGAUAGUGCAUACAAUCGAUGAUACUGUUGCGUUAGUGGAGAGCACUCGUGGAUUCAGGAAGCAACUUUUCCUCAAAAGGAACAAACUUCCUUUCAUCAAAAAAGACGUUCGACAGUUCUACCGUAGUAAUGAGAUGCGUCCUGGGUUAUGGGUUGAAGUUUACACCAGGCCAAUGUUUAUUUUCAGUUGUGAAGGUCCAGAAACGCGCAAUUUCCUGAAACGUUUUGGACCCAUUGAUUUUGAAGAUUAUGAAAAAGCUCUUAUGGAUGGACCACCAUCGGAAGGAAGUGGAAACAUACCACCACAAAUGAAGUUCAUCGCUGUAAUGGAGGGAGGAAAAGGAUUAUUCGAAGACAUAAAAUUUUUGGUAACAUUUCAUGUCAGUAAAGAAAAACUGGACAUUGCUGAAGCUGUAAAAGGUCCAAAAUGGUGCCUUGGACGAACGUUCCUCAAAGGCAUCAACUGUAGCAGAUAUGGGUUGGUUUUGUAA